AUAGAAAGAAGAGUUCUAGAGUGUUGUAUCGUGGUGCGUUUCGCAUUGCUCAAUUUCACACUCUUCUUCUUCCUUUCAUCAAUUUUGAACUUCAACACAAACUCUGAAUCAUCCUCUUGCUAGUUGCAGUUACAGAUCGUUGUUGCAGUUUCUCUCGUCGCUGCGAAAAUGUUCUACUCUCACCAGCUUCUUGCAAGAAAAGCACCACUCGGCCAAAUCUGGAUGGCUGCGACUAUGCACGCUAAGUUAAACCGAAGGAAGCUAGAUAAGCUCAAUAUCAUCAAGAUCUGUGAAGAGAUUCUGAAUCCAUCGAUUCCUAUGGCUCUUAGGCUUUCUGGAAUUCUCAUGGGAGGAGUGGUAAUUGUCUAUGAGAGGAAAGUGAAGCUCCUAUAUGAUGAUGUUACGCGUUUUCUGGUUGAGAUAAACGAAGCCUGGAAGGUAAAGACACUCCCAGUCCCAGAUCCUAAUAUGCUCCCCAAAGGAAAAUCUCAAGCCAAGAAAGAGGCAAUCACUCUGCCAGAGAACCAAGAGAUAAAUGUGGGAGAAAUUGAACAGUCCCUUAAUUAUUCCAACACAGCCACUGGAAUGGCGUUUCAACAUUCCGCAUAUUUUACCAUGCGACUUGAUACCGUGGAUGUGGAUGAACCCUACACUGGUAAUGGAGCAAGAGAGGAUGAAGACCCAUCUGGACAUCUCCAUCAAGCUGCUGCGGAGAAUAUUACAUUAUUUGAACGUUUUGAAUCAUUCCAAGCUAAUGAGGAACUAUACAAUCGAUUCGAGAGGUUUGAUAUUGAAGGAGAUGAGGAAACGCGGCUAAAUGCAACUUCAGGAGAUUACACUCAAAUUCCAACAACGCUUAUACCCUCCCCACCUCAUCAAGAUGACCCAAAGAGAGAUGAUAUAAUUCAGGACCAAGAUCAAGAACAUCCAGUAAUUCAGCAAAAUGAAGAAAAGGAAGUUAAAAAGGAACCUAGAAGGCGAGGGCCAGCUAAAAGGAAAAGAGGACAACCAGAGGCAAACACAAUGGAUUAUGAGCACACCAUAAUUCCUGUUCAUUUAUACCAGCACUGGCUUCAAAAUGCUUCUGAUAUUGUCACCCGAAGAGGAAGAAAGAAAAAGCGAACUGAUAUCAUGGCUUCAACAAAGGUAGCUGACCUCAUGAAGAUUCCACCCGUUGUGCUAAUUUGUAAUUUAUUUACGCCUGAAAAUAAAGAUAUAUAUUAUCCAGCACCUCUUAUUGACUUAUGGGUUAAGAGCACUGAACCACCCCAUGAUUCUCCUUCAGAAAGGGUUUCAGCUCACCAUCCUCCAGAGCCAUCAUUUUCAUCACCUCCGGCAAGGCAUAAUGAAGAUUUCGUGCCGUUUGAAGAUUUUGACAAUAGGCUAGACAGCCAGUUUCUGGUACCUCCAAUAGAGAAGCUGCGGAACAAUGAGCAAGAUACUGAAAUUCUCAUGGACGAACUCCGGGCUAACCUUGGUCACGGCUUGAGAGUGCCUGAAACUACUCCCCAUGUCUCGUCAGGGAAAUCUGGAGUCAGCGUGCAUUCCUUUCUAGGAUCAGUAUCUGAACAUGGUCUUUCCUCGCAUUCUGGCGCUGAUAAAGGAAGAUUCACAAAGAAAAGACGUUCAUCAUCUGGAAACAGCAGUGUUGGCCUUGAGCCAGUGGCUGAGAAUGCAAAUUUCAAGUUAGCUAGGCUGUCUGAAGUAGGUGAUCCUACACCUGAUCAAGAACUACUUGUGGAAACAGGACCAACGCAAAAAACACAAGUAAACAUCAAUCAUCCUAAUGACAAGAUAGCUGACUCAAUCCAAGCGCAGAUGAGAGCACAUUUCAGCACACCUGGAGCUCCUCAAGUCGAAUCCCUUGAUAUUCUAGCUGCUGGAAUGACCAGGAAAUCAGCAGCCCUCUUUUUCUAUCAAACUUGUGUGCUUGCUACCCGUGGUGCCCUGAAAGUUGUGCAAAAGGAGCCCUAUGCGGAGAUUCUGAUCUCUAGAGGAUCAAAAAUGUGAUGAAGGUUUGGUUUUCUCCUCAUACAUGUUUCUGAAAAUUUGCAUCCUCUCAUUUGAAGUCUUGAAUGUAAAGAGCAUUAUGUAGCUUCUUUCCUUUAACAGCAGGUGGCAUUGAUGUUUAAUUUAGGAAACCAUAGCAUCCCUCUCCCCCCAUAUGCAGUCAUGAGUUGCAACAUACUCCUUCUAUAUAUACCUAACUUGUCUUUUUUUUUUCCGCAUCAUUAUCAUUAUACAUGUCUAGAUUAUGCAAAUAGCAACUGCUAGGGUUUAAAAUGUAAUCAGAACUUUUCUUCUU